AUGGAUGGCAGGGACAAACCAUAUCUGCAAAGAGAGGUGAACGCGAAUCUGGUGUUCUGGUCUCAUCGAGCCAGCCAACUGGAGUGUGGAUCUGUGGACACAGCUCAGGCUGGUUGGUUUGCCUCAUCGAUCCAGAGGCAGUGGAACCUCGGCGGGGAUUCCACCGUCAAGCUAGCUGAUUCGGGCAGCAUGGUUUGCGACGGGAUGCGCUGCCGCCGCUGCUCAAUGUGGUCCAACGCUGGCCAGGGCUCCACAGCUCAUGGAAUCAUCAUCCCACUCAGAAGGGCAUUGAUUGUCAGAGAAGCCGAGCAGUUUGCAAAGGAGCCACAAGCCAUGCAAGUCUGUGUCACAGACGCCGACAGCAGCCUGAACAGGAGCUCAGACUGCCUGGAGGCCACGCUGGUAACUUUCACGGAAGCGCUGACUUUCGCAGAAGUGCUGGAAGAAGAGGAGGAGUGGGAAUCCUUUUAUUAUUCCUUUAAGACAGAACAGCUGAUUACCCUUUGGAUUCUCUUUGUUGUAACAGUUGGCGGGAACUCCAUUGUUCUGUUGUCCAUCUGGAGGAGAAAGAGGAAGUCCAGGAUGACCUUUUUUGUUACUCAGCUAGCCAUAACAGAUUGUUUUACAGGACUCAUAAACAUAAUGACUGAUAUAAUUUGGCGUUUCACUGGAGAUUUCAUGGCCCCUGAUCUCAUCUGCCGAAUAGUGCGCUAUUUUCAGGUUGUACUUUUGUAUGCUUCAACCUACGUCCUGGUUUCACUGAGCAUAGACAGAUAUCAUGCCAUAGUCUAUCCUAUGAAGUUCUUUCAAGGAGAAAGGCAGGCAAAAAUUCUCAUUGUGGUUGCCUGGAGCCUCGCAUUCCUGUUUUCUAUUCCAACUCUGAUCAUAUUUGGAAAACGACAGCUGUCUAAUGGGGAAGUACAAUGUUGGGCUGUCUGGCCAGAUGAGUCUUACUGGAUCCCGUACAUGACCACAGUUGCCUUCCUGGUGUACUUUAUUCCUCUGAUUAUUAUCAGUGUUAUUUACUUCAUCGUGAUUCGAACAAUAUGGGUUAAAAGCAGAGCUCAUGCUGUGAUUGUGUCUAACUGUUCCGAUGGCAGAUUCUGUACUAGCUACACUCACCGGGGACUCAUAUCCAAAGCUAAAAUCAAAGCUAUCAAAUACAGCAUGGUCAUAAUUCUUGCGUUUAUGCUCUGCUGGAGUCCUUACUUCCUCUUUGAUAUCCUGGACAACUUCAGCGUGCUCCCCGAGACCAAAGAACGUUUCUAUGCAGCAGUGAUUAUACAGAACCUUCCCGCUUUAAAUAGUGCCAUCAAUCCCAUUAUAUAUUGUGUCUUUAGCGACUCUGUUUAUUCGUCUCUCAGGAAAAGAUCAGGAAACUUGGGCACUUUCAAAGAAAAAACGGAAGGACAGGAAAUGCAAGUUCUGUCCAAUCCAGAAUAUGUUUAGUAGAGGACUGCAAAGAUGGUGGAGUUUCUAAGAAGAAAAUCAAAACCCUCAGCAUUCUGAAGUCUACGUAUCGGGCUGUGGUGUGGAAGCAGACAGCAAUUUCAUUGUAUAUCUUGUGGCCAGUAUAUGUUCAACCCAGAAAGAAGCUGAGCUCUCAAUGUUAGCCACAGGUCUGAAACUUUCUAUCAAAGACAUUGUGUAUCCAUGUGGUGUUUCUUGAUGUAAAUAGCUUGUAUGAGUUUGA